UGCACGGACUGGGACAACGAUGGCAUGUUAGGCCUCUCCCCACAGAGAUACUGAAGGCUAGAGCGGUACCGCUCUGCGACUAUGGAGACUCAUGGCCAAUUUUUACCCGAAGCGCGCCCUAUAUAGCCUUUUUUGUCGUCGUUGUUAGUGUGCGUGAGUAAAACAAGUCUAUGUGGCAGCUACUUGGGAGGAGGAGAAAGAAACACCGGCCAUGUCAAAAAGCCACAAGCAGUCUUCACUGGCCUUUGGGCAGACAGUGAUUGGACCUCCUGGAUCAGGGAAAACAACGUACUGUCUUGGCAUGCAGGAAUUCCUUUCUGCAAUUGGGCGCAAGGUAGCGGUGGUGAAUCUGGAUCCAGCCAACGAAGGGAUUCCCUACCAGUGCGCUGUGGAUAUAUCUGAGCUGAUUACCUUGACUGAUGAAAUAGAGAACUUGAAACUGGGACCCAAUGGUGGCUUAAUCUAUUGCAUGGAGUAUCUAGAAGCUAAUUUUGACUUGCUGCAAAAAAAACUGUCUCAGUUUAGGGGCCAUUACUUCUUGUUUGACUGCCCAGAACAGGUAGAACUUUGCACCCAACAUAGUUCACUGACAAACAUCUUUGCCCAGCUUGCCAAGUGGAACUUCAGGCUGGCUGCUGUUCACUUAGUGGAUUCUCAUUACUGCACAGACCCCGGCAAGUUCAUCUCCGUUCUCUGCACUUCCCUCUCCACCAUGCUGCACGUGGCACUGCCCCACAUUAAUGUCCUCUCCAAAAUGGACUUGAUUGAACAGUACGGGAAACUAGCCUUCAAUCUAGAUUAUUACACAGAGGUUCUGGAUCUUUCCUAUCUGUUGGAACACCUGGCUUCAGAUCCCUUCUUCAAGAACUACCGUCGGCUGAACCAAAAGCUUGUGGAAGUGGUUGAAGAUUACAGCUUGGUCUCCUUUGUUCCCCUCAAUGUGCAGGACAAGGAGAGCAUGCAGCGUGUGAUGCAGGCAGUGGACAAAGCCAACGGCUACUGUUUCGGCGACUCGGAGCAAAGAAGCCUUCAAGCCCUGAUGUCUGCAGCCGUGGGAGCCGAUUUCCACUUCAUGUCCACCCUGGCAGUCCAGGAGAAAUACAUCCCACCACAAGAGAGCACUGUGAAGCAGGAAGACAUGGACAUGUAGUAAUGUGCUUGCAGCUGCCAGCAGGCCACCGAGGAAGGAUAACUUGGCCUGGUGAUGAAUGAUGUGUUUCUUUGCAACAGGGGGAGCAAUUUCAGCCUGGUCCUCUGUGUGCAAGAAGUCUACCAAACUGGCUGUCACCAAGUACAUCACCCUUUUGGGCUCCUUCCGGAUGAGAGGCACAACUUCUAGAUGUUUCUGGUGCAGUCAGGAGCCUUGGCAAGCAAGAGCAGGCAAGCCCAAACUUUCCUCUCAGGAGGAUGCUAGAACUUGGAGCAUAUUUGUAACUGACCAAAGGACAAGAGAGAGUAUGGCAAGGCUUUUGUGAGGCCCAGAUGUAAGUUGGAGGAGGCUGUAGUCCCAAUCAAAUCUCCCAUUAAAGGGAAAGCAGCUUCGGUUGCUAAGAGGCAAGUUUCUGUCAGAGGCAACCCAAGUGACAUCUCCGCUGUUGAGCAGUAUGGAGACCUCAAAGAAUUGGUGACUUUUCUUCUCCUCUUAUCUCUCUCUCUUUUGCUGCCAGUAAUGCUCCAUCUCCUUUAGGCCUUGUGAAAGUGAAGCAAAUAAAAGCACUUGACAGCACAGAGGAGAGCAAAUUCCAUCUCCCCCCCCUCCCCGGGUCUGCGCCUUUUUUAUAUACGAAAAAGCUGUGUUGGCUGCUAAAUAAAGGAAUUUCCAUGCUGU